GGGAGUAGUGGUCACACCAACACCUUGAGGUUGGGCUGGGUCUGCGUGGAGCCCCAGAGAUGUUCCCCAGCCCAUACUUCCCAAGAACCAAUGAGUACCAUUAGGGGCCUCCCACCAGAGGUCAGGGAACCAGGCCCUGGAGUGGAACUUGGGGUGGAAGAUGGCCUUCUUUGUCAACUAAUUCAUUCUCCAGAAUUCAACCUGUUCUCCGACUCAGUGGUGUUUGAAAGCAACUUUAUCCAGGUCACUAAGCCAGGGAACUGGAUGGAUGUCUGUGAAGGGUCUACCACUGUGAUCCUGGGGGUGACCUCCUCGGUGCCCUCCUUGCCACUCCCCAACGUCCUCCUGAUGGCCAAUGUCACCUGGCCCCAGAGUCAGUUGUCCACCUGGAACACACCUGCUAGUGCCCCAGUCAUCACCCUCAGCAGGAUUCUCCCCCUGAAGUACGUGGAGCUACGAAUCUGUGACCGGCUCCAACGCAUCCUGAGGGUUAGAACAGUGACUGAAAAGAUCUACUACCUGAGGCUCCACGAAAAACACCCAGAGGCCGUGUUUCAGUUCUGGAUCCGCUUGGUGAAAAUUCUGCAGAGAGGUCUGUCCAUCACCACCAAAGACCCGAGAAUCCAAAUCUCUCACUGCCUGGUGCCCAAGUUGCCCUGCAGCUCCACCGAAACAUCUGAAAGCAGCCUCCCGUCAUUCUCCCAGCCCAGCGAAAGCUCCAUGCUGUUGGCAGCCGAACAGACCAGUGACAAUUUCUUGAAUCUCUCAGGAAGGUCCCAGCUCACAGCAGACAGAAACACCAACACUGACAUUAAAAUAGACAAUCUCAACAGCUGUGACAAGACACCCUCGCCAGUGGCAUCUGCAGUCCGUUCAAACAUACCCAUGAGAGCCGCCUUGAGCCACAGCCUUUGGGAACAAGAAAACUCCAACGAGCACUUCCUGCAGGGUCCUGUAGCCAGUUCCCUAGGAGAGAACUUUCUGGGACCCUGACACCUAGCCAAACAGGGUGAUCUUCCUUGGCUUCAUUCAGUGCACUUGCUACAACCUUCUCUAAUGCUGUUUUCCUAUUGUGGCCCAAAUGAGCAUGGGGGAGGUAAGAUGGUGUUUAUAACAAGGUGCUUCUGUUCUUCCACCAAUAAACCUCCAAGUGAGUCC